UGCGCUGACACAACAGCAUUGAAAAUUGUAUGUAUUACCGGACGUUUCAAAGAUGCGCGGUAGGCAUAAAUUUGUCAUAUCACUUAUCUUACCACCCUAAAGUUUGGUCACUGCGGAAGGAGUAGAUGCGUAUAGACUAUAAUUUUCUUCAGGGUAAAAGUAAGGCAUCGACCUGAGGAACCUGUCACGCACAACUACAAUUUUCCUUUUCGAAAUUGAAACCAGUCAAUACAUCGCUGAACAUGAAGACGAAUUGGAACAGUGGUAUAAAUUAUGGCUUUUCUACGAUAAAAUCGAUGACGUGGAUACUCGGUCUAUGGCCUUUGCAACGGAAUAACGUAGUUUACACAAUUCAGUGGUUCAUAAUGUUCACAGCAGCGUCUCUCACAAUGAUCAACGUGCUGGUAGAAGCUUUCAAAAGCUGUGAUGCUGACAGAGACGGUUUGGAAAUUCUUCGUUUAGCGGAAAGCACCAUGCAUGGGUGGUUGAACAUUAUUUUCCCGCGAAUUUACAUGAAAAAGAUCGCCGUUAAUAUCAAUUCUGCGAUCGAUGACUGGGCUUCGACUCUGAAAAAAGAAUCACGUGUAGUGAUGAUGGCGUAUGCACGUACAGGACGUCUGGUCGCCCUGUCUCACUUAGUCGUUGGAGCAGUAGGAGGCAUCUUAUGGUUUAUAUCCGUCUUCCUCAGCAAUAAGCAAAAGGCUGCAACUAUAGGUAACAGCACUGAAACUGCAUGGAAUUUUGUCCUUCCAUCAACAUGUCUGUACAAAGGGGUUUCAUAUUCCACGUAUAAAAUAUUGUUUGCAAUGCAAAUAAUACAGGGGUCUGUGGUAUUAAUAUCAGAAUGUGCUUGCGAUAGCUUCUUUUUCAGCAUCACUAUGCAUCUUUGCGGUCAGUUAGACCUUCUGAGAAUACAGUUUACGAAGAUCAGUAAAAAACGCUACGAUGGAGAACGUCAUGUUUUGGAGCCAUUGGUCAAAAGACAUUGCCAACUGAUAGCAUUAGCCAGGAAUAUCGAAGAUGCUUUUAAUAUUAACAUUUUACUACGCCUUUUAAUAAUUAGCGUAGUCAUUGCAGCUUCAGGAGUAGGACUUCUUCUGUCAAUCAAGCAACAAAAUUAUGAGGAAAUGAUAAAAAUGUUCGUAUCCAUGCAGUUUUGUUUAGUACAGACCUUUUUGUAUACAUAUGCCGGUGAUACGUUGCAAACUCAAAGCGAGUCGAUUGUUUAUACCAUAUACAACUCUGCAUGGUAUGAAAUGUCGCCCAUUAUGGUGAAAGAUCUGAUCUUUGUUAUGACGAGGAUGAAGACCCCUCUUCGAAUUAGUGCCGGAAAAUUUUUCUAUCUUACGCGAAACACUAUGACAGAUAUCUUGAGAACUACCUUAACGUAUAUAUCGUUCUUACGGGUGACAAUUAAUGAGUAAUGAAUCCUCACGGUAUAUAUUAACUCUUGCUUUGUAA